CACAUUUUGUUCUAAUUCUUGACCCCCCCAACCGAAAAUUGCCGCUGUUCCCAUUCUCCAUUUCCCAUCCUCUCCCCGUUAUCCGGACCCCAUGAGAGAAGAAGGCCUGACAGACAGACAGUAUGGCACCACCAUCAGUCGAGAACGGCUCAGACACCUCUACUGCCAAACGACGCCGCAUCGCUCUUGCAUGCAAUGCUUGUCGUCUGCGCAAAUCCAGAUGUGAUGGCACGCGUCCGUCGUGCUCGUCAUGUGUUUCUCUUACGCUGGACUGCCAGUACGAGCCUGGCGAAUCGGCUGCCAACGUGAUCGUUCGUAAGCAGUAUAUAUCAGAUCUAGAAUCACGUGUCUACAAUGUCGAGCAGGUAGUCCACCGACUCAAUUAUUUCUUCGAAGGCCAUCUGUCUGCCUGUGCUACUGCUACUGGCAACGCUACUGUUACUGCUGCUGCUGCUCAAUCUCGUCUUCCCCGCAUUCCCUCACCACCUGCACCGUCAUCAUCAGCUCUUGAAGAGACCAACGAUGGUAGCCACCCGCAUGCAACGGGCCUUGAAGAGCCUCAGGAUGAAGAUGCUACCACGAAUGGAAUGGCUAUGACCUUUGUGGAAGAGCACACCUCGGCAUUCUUUGGUGGCUCCUCGAACAUCAACUUCACCCGACUUCUUCUCAAAGCUGUCAAUAACAUUCGUAAUCCUGCCCGGCGACUGGGAGCGACAGUGGACCAACAACAUGAACUCAGCGAGACCAACCUUGCAAAAGCCUCUCGGUCUUACACGAACCCAGUUGCGGCAUCACCAGACACAGGUCCAAAAGCAAUGACUACUCUUCCUCCAGCUCAAGAGAUGGAUCGUAUGCUUGAUGUUUACUUCAAAACCGCCGGCACAGUCUUUCCUUUCAUCCAUGAAGAAUCGAUGAGAAAGACAUAUACAACCUGCAAAGCGAGUAAUUGGACCAGAGUCCGCAGGACCUUCUUAGGCACUCUCAAUGUCAUCUUUGCCACGAUAGCCAGUGCAGACCAGGAUGCAAUACCAUCAGCGCGGGAACGGCAAGAGAGGUCUAAUAUCUUCUUCAAGAGAGCCACAGCUCUUUGUAGUGAAUUAUCAAAGCAAGUCAUCAGCAUCGAGAUCGUCCAGUAUCUCGUCCUAGUUGUCAUUCAUUGCCAGGGUGCUCAACGCUCAGUGCAAGCGUGGAAUAUUCUCGGACUUGCUGUUCGCUCAGCCAUGGCGUUAGGUCUUCACAGUGCCCAGGCCCGCGAAGGCCUUGAUGAAUUGCAGGCCGAGUAUAGUCGACGAACAUGGGUUGUGAUAUACUGCAUGGACAAGGUUCUAAGUGUUGCUUUUGGACGGCCAGCUAUCAUUCCGGAUGAGUACAUGCUGGACCAGCCAUCAUCAUCCUCUGAGGUUGCUAUGCCAACUCCAGAUAGCGCUGGCACAGGCGUUGACAUUCCUGGCGAUUUCCUCGCGGUUUCAUUCCGACUGCAUCAAAUCAUGAACGGCUCUCUGAGACAGCAAUACGGCGGCAAUGUCCAUACUGCCGAGCCAGAGCCGGAUGAUAUGAUGUCUCUACAGGCUUCAGGCCAGCUGAGAAAGGAACUCCGUGCAUGGUCUGCAAGUCUGCCCCCGUACCUGCGACUAUGCGAGCCCAAAGCAAAAAUACCGUCUGAAAAUACCUCCGUAAAUCGUCUUAGGGUGAUUCUGACACUGAGGUACCACAAUAUCAAUAUGCUGAUUCACAGGCCACUUCUCUGCAGCACCAUUCGACACCUUUUUCUCGGUGGCAACUCGGUGUCUAUUGACAAUUCCUCCUAUAUCAUCCAGCUUGCGAUGGGAGAGGCUCACGAAUCCUUACGCUCGGCACAACACACUAUCGAGCUCGUACAUACCAUAAUAAAGGCCGACCCAUCAGGGAGCAACAACCUCGGAGUUGCCUAUUUUACACUCCACUACGUCUUCACAGCCUCGUUGGUCGUUCUUGGCCGGAUACUCUGGGCGCAGCAUGGACAGGGUGCUGCAGCAGAUGAGACGGCUUUGGCAAUGUGUAAAUCACUCCUAGGACAAGUCGAGACCAUUUUCCAGUUAUUGGAUCACGAUAACAGUCUGGUAUAUAGCUGUUCCAGGUAUAUCAACAACAUGCUGGAAGUGUGUACAGCCCAAGAUGCAAUUGUCGCGGUUCAAAAUGCAGAGUCUGGUGACUCAUCGGCUCAUCAGCCGCCGUCUUCUUUGGCUGCAAAACAACUGGAAACAAUGAUGCAUCUUGGUAUGGGGGAUAUGGAGAUGUUUCAGGCCUAUUCAUCGCAAAUCUAUGACCCAGCGCUGUCUGAGGGCUUGGAUACAUCAUCAGUUGAAGCAGCUACUGCCAGGAAUACAGAUUGGGAAAAUUCAUUUUGGGCAAUGUAGAUCAGAUCAAUAUCCUUGGGCAAAUGGGGAGCAUGGAGUUGCGGGGUUACUUUGUUUUUUAUUGGUCCAUUUCCAGGCUGUAAAAAGUUCUUUCUCCCUAAUUGAACAGGUAUCACAAAUGAUUACGGAGAGAACAUGAUGUGCAAAUAUACUCUUGUCUAUCAUUCAAGACUGGCUUGGUGAAGGUCAAGCCAGCUAUCCAAUG